UUGGUCCCAUUAUUAUUUGGUAAAUAUUAUUGCCACCUUUGUUUUGCUAAAACUCUAUUCAGAUAUGGUUUUUUCAUCGCAGAGUGCUCUGUCCUCACAAUUCAACUGUCAAGUUGCUGUCAAUUGUUCAUCGCAGGCAAAUUCCAAUAUUUUUGUGUGUCCGGACCUAAGAACAACAGCACUUUUUCAACGAAAUUUUCUAACGUUAUUUUGCAGACGAAAUUUGUAAUAUUUUGCUAUGAGUUCCAAGAAAACUGUUGCAAGCACUGAACCGAAGCAGCGUACCUUCGUAAAAUUGCUGUUCAAUAUGAGUACGGAGUCAAAACUCACGGAGAUGUUGGUAGAGAAGUCGCCGAACAAGCCAAACAAAAAGGAGAUAAUUUUAAGGCUGGUUCCAAUCAGCUUGUCGACCAUCAACUUGCGGCUCAACCGCCUGCUCCUCAAGGUGACCAAUUAUGUGGAGGAUGACAAGAGGCGAUCCGCCAUGCCGCUGAGGUCCCUGAUGCCAUCCCAUCUGAAGUGGAAGAAACCCAAUGCCAUCUCCACCCUGAUCCGCUCCAGGCAGACACCCAAAUUGGAUCUGAAGGACGUGAGGAGGGUGAUCAAGGGGCGUGUAGCCCAUCGCGCCUGCAAGGAAUGUGUUGCCAUCAUUUAUCACGACAUGGAGUACUUUAAAUAAAUUCAAAUAUCAUGGCUUCA